AUGUCAUUCUUCCAGAUACGCGUUUAUAAAAACGGGGACGAGCGCGAUCCGGGUAAAUUGAUUACGAUUACCCGUCGAGAGUUUAAGCAUUGGAUUCUAUUUCUUGAUGCACUGACGCGAAAACUAGGCACAAUCACGGCCAUCAACAAGUUGUUUACCACAGGAGGAAUUCGGGUAGAGCAUGUAAGUUGCAAGGAAUAUAUAUUAUUCGAUAUUGCUUGA